AUGGAUUAUGAGAAAGAAGAUGGUCAAGGCCAGCAGGAGGCGUCUUCCUCCGGGGGAGCCAUACCAGACUCAAUCUAUCCUGAGCGCUCCGAAGUUAAGCUCCAUGAGGAAUCCUCCUUCGUCGCCAACCCCGCCCCUAGUGUCAUCGUCCAGACUAUGCUCGGCCCUGUCUUCAAACAGUACCGGGCUCUUAGUAUAAAAGAUGGCCAAAUGGUCGUUAAGACGGAGACUAACGAUGUCAAGGGAGGCGUCCCCGUCAUUGACCACCCUGAACUCCACGACCGAAUCAGUCAGGCCAUCGAGGCCUGCCAAAGCUCUGGCGGAUCCGUUCGUGUUCUUGUCCUCACUGAGGGCGACCGCGAGCUAGUUGUCGAUAUGAAAGUCAUCAAGAGACCAGAGCAGACAAUUGAUCAAAGGGAGCAGGAAUUUCAUGCAGCUGUCCUCGCGAAUGAUAUUUUAAAGGUUGAGGAUGCUCUAGCGGAGAAGCUAGAUAUCGAUAGUUUAGACGAGAACGGAAGGACGGUCCUGUUUGGGGCUGUUGAAAAAAGGUUCGAGAACAUGGUUGAUCUCCUCCUAGAGCAUAACAUCAACCUUGAGGUGAAGGACAAGCAAGGGCAAACUGUUCUGGAUAUUUCCGUCGCCGACCAAGAGCAAUACCAGAUAACUCUCAAACUUCUACAAAAGGGUGCACUACCCAUGGAUAUUGUCGAAAAUGACAUCACAAAACUCUUCUCGGCUGCAGCAGAAGGCCAAAAUGAAGUAAUGAAACAUUUGCUGGGUAGAAACGUGCCACUCAACAGCCGUGAUCGGCUCGGGUAUACUGUUCUGCAUGAGGCUGUUUGCUUUGGUCAUUACGAGGUAGCGAAGACGCUCAUCGAAAGAGGAGCUGACAUCAACGCAAAGAUUACACAUGGAGGUGCCACAAUGCUACAUGGAGCUAUUCAGAGAGGUCGGGAGCAUCGCCGAUUUUUAAUGGGAGCUCGAAGACAUGAUCCAAGUCUAAAUGAGAACCACGUCAGAAUUGUGGCAUUGUUGUUACGGAAAGAAGCUGAUACCGAGCACAGAAGGUCGUAUGAUAAUUUGACGGUGAGAGAGCUUGUGUCCGAGGAGCUUGGAUUGGCUGACAACUUUGAACGGAGCUGUCUUCAGAAGAUAUUGAUCCUUCUGAACCAAUCGAUUCCUCAGGAAGGGCUGAAUAGAGAAUUGACUUGGCCGCUAGUGCAGAAUGAACUCAGCGGGCAGAGUGAUCAGUUGAAAGCUUCUCCGUUGCGGGUUCAAUAUUUCACCUCUAGCCGCGAAGUCAGUACACUUCCGGCGUGCGUUUGGGACUUCAUAUAUGAUUCAUCCGUCUCUCAAAUUCAUAGAACCCAAGUCCAACAACGUGAAAAAUGGGCGAGGGGUGGCAAUAAUGGUUCCAAGCCAAGAGAAUACUGGAGAUGGGCACACCUUCCAGCAAAUAACAAAACUUGGGUUGAGGACGUGAUGCGCCCAUUGAGUCUUAUGGACGAUGAAACAUUUAAGAUAUAUUGGAAAGGAAUCAAGUCGUUCACCACUGAAUCAUACCAUCAAAUCAGGGGCCAGGCUCUACAUACUAGUUUUAGAAAGCCUUCCUUUACUCCUUUGCCCAGGUCACGCGGGACGAUUUUUUCCCUAGUUAUCCCAUAUUUUGAUGCGGAGAACCUCGAAUGCUUUCUUCAAAAGCAAGGAUGCUCUUCCGAUAAUUGCAAGAAGAGCUUCGCAAAUGAGGAAACUUCAACGAAACUAUAUAAUGGAUCCAACAACAGUCUAGCCAGCUUUCAUGCACCAUGCACGCUAGACCAGUCCUACUACCUAUCCCUUGACAAUUCUUGCGAGCGUGACAAGGAUCAGGUCGUGAUCAAACACGUCGAGCGUCAAAUAGAACUUGAGCAACAAAGAGGACGAGAGCGUCGACGAGAAGUGGAGCGCCCAACGACGACCACUGGAAGCCCUAAGAGGCUUCUCAUGGUCAACCAGAUGUGGAUUUGGAAAAUCGACGCCAUGACCCUUAUCACUGCAUUUCCCGACCGUCGACACGAAGUCCAACAACCAAACCUCUCGGCUCAAAUUCUCAAAGGUCUUGGAAACCAGCCACCCCUAAGCAUGGGUUUGAUGAUAUCCCGUAUUCUGAAAUAUACUACCGAGUUUGUGGACGCACCGACCAAUGCCGGGCUAAACGAAAAUCUGUUUCACAUUUUUGAGCAGAGCAUUGCUUAUCGGGUAGGAGAUCCAUGGUUCAAUAUCCGGUCACUGAAAACCCUAUUGACUGUUCUGUAUACCCAGGCCCAAGCAGAUGCAAAUUGCUAUGCCAACUUCUACAAAUUGCAAAACGAGUUGAUCAGCUUGAGCAGGGAGACUGUACCACAGAACCGCAUAAAAGCGCACCACCAGAAAAUGUUGGAAACUGAAAAUAAAAUAUGCGACAUCACAAGUGAGAUGCAGCAUCUGUGCGAAAUCAAAGACGUCAAGGAUGAACUGAGAAUGAUCCAGAGGGUAUUGGACGACCAAUGGGAUGUUAUUGACCAAUACCACGCAGGCCAUGAAGAGCUGAAAUUUGAUGUCAACCAACAAGGAUCUGACAACGCAGAAGCACGGCUCUUAGGAGAUGAGGAAGAUGAACUGGAAUAUACGAAAAACUGUGUUGGAAUUCGAAUCUCCAAGGUCAAAUCCCUUUUUGCAGAUGCGACUACAGUAGAAAAUUCUCUCAACCACCUACUGGACCUCAAACAAAAACAAGGAAACCUGGUUAUUGUGAGAGAUACCCGCAGUCUUGCAAGCGAUGCGGAGCAGAGAGCGAAGGAUAGCGCUUGGCAGAGCAAGCUGUUAUUCAUCUUUACUAUUAUUACAGUCAUUUUCACGCCUAUAUCGUUCACAUCCACAUUUCUGGCCGUCCCGACCCUAGAGUUUCCUCGUGCAAAUGGGGAGGACGUGGCUUGGAGAUGGUGGCAAGUCUUUAUCGCCAGUGUUAUCGUAGAGGUCCUCACGUUCCUUGUUAUUGCACCUUGGAUUGAUUGGAAUCGCUUUGAUUUUCCUUGGAAGAGACGCGAUAGCCAAAGGGAACAACCUGCGGUUGAACGGAUGGAGGUAUGA